AUGCAGUCCUCCGCUGCCGCCCGCCUCGCCUACAGCCUUGAUUCUGGGGCUGAGGGCUCGUUUCCCGAAAGGCACCUCGACGAUGAUGUGGCGCCGUCCUCGGGUAUCGGACCCGAGGGCUAUAAACCGGCCGUCACAGCAAGCCAUAUGUUCGAGCCGAGCGUCACACCACUCCCCUCCCACGCGUGGCCAGGCCAAAAUCAGCCAUUCCUUCCUUACAGCCAUCACCAUAUUCCCGCCCACAACCAGCUUGUCGGCACGACUGCCAUAUCGGGCCCAGAGCAACAAACCAUUGCCCCGUUGCGCCCAGAAUGGACCUCACUCCGCGAGCAAAAUCCCCGAGGCGCUCGCUGGCUAGCGGCGCAGUCCGAGUUCGCCGUCGACGACGACUCCAGUUCAGUCACGAGUCCCGAUGGCGGCCCAGAUGAAUUCUGUCCGCCGCUGCCAACCCAGUCAUCGCAAAAUCCCAGGCGGCUAAGCACUCACCGCAUAGCCAGACCAACAGAAGCACCGGCACCCAUACCAAACUUCCAGCCGACCGCGCGAUCGGGGAGACCCUAUAUCCCAGACUUCGACUACAACAUGGAGUGGCCCGAUCCGUCGGAUGCCGGUGGCUUUUUCAUCCCACAGCCCAACUACGAAAACGCCGCCGGCAAAGGACCCGAAAUAGAAGUCACAUAUCGUGGCAGCCCCUCCUCGUCGUCUAAGGUCGACUCGAAAAGAAUCGCCCACAAGCUGUCGGAGAAGAGUCGGCGCAACAGGCUCACAAUCGCGAUUCGAGAAAUCCAGAAGCUGCUUCCCUCCGAAGUCGGGGGUGAAGACGACGGUGAGGCUCCAUCACAGCAAGACGCCGACUACACCGUCCGACCCGGCGUGCCCAGCAGCAAGCUUGACAUCGUCGAGAUGGCGGUUGGGUUCAUCAAGGACCUAAAGGAGAAGAAUGCGGUGAUGAAAAGGAGGUUAAGAGAGCUGGAGAAGGAGAUGGAGAGGUGUCAGUGCCGACAUGGCCCACAGGACGCUGUCAUGGCUGAGUCAGAAUCAAUGUCGAAACCUUCGUCUACGGAAGACACGGCGGGCUGA